ACAACUCCGGCCUCAGGCCAGGAGGCAGGUGAUGUCGGCGGCCUGACGCCGGGUUACGCGGUACCGGUUAGCCGAAGGGGCGGAGGGCCCGGCAGGGGGAUGGUGAGCGGGCUCCUGGCCCGGGCAGCCUGGGAACAGACUCCGCCUCCUGCCCGCUGCAGCCUCAGAGCCGGCCCCGUAGCCCCGCGCCGCCGGGAAGAGUCAGCCGACCGGUCCCGCCACUCCACUCCCGUGAGGGGAGGUCCCGUGGGGGUGUGGUUUUUUUCCACAAGUGUGGAAAAAUGGCAAAGAGAAUUGCAGAGAAGGAAUUGACUGACAGAAACUGGGAUCAGGAGGAUGAAGCUGAGGAGGUGGGAACCUUCUCUGUAGCAAGUGAAGAAGUCCUGAAGAACAGAGCUAUUAAAAAAGCAAAGCGCCGAAAUGUUGGAUCAGAGUCUGAAAGUGGAGGUGCUUUUAAAGGGUUUAAAGGCUUUAUAUUGCCUUCUGGGAAAGGAGGAGGUGGCUUCAGUGGAUUUGGUAAUGGUGCAGGAAUAAAGCCUUUAGAAGGGCUGUCUAAUGGAAGCAGUAGUGUCUCAAGCACUCCUUUCAGCAGUUUAAAGACCACCUCUGAAACACAAUCAGCAUUUGGAUCCACAGUGUCAAAUGGUCCUGCUACUGCUGCAUUUACUGAGAAAAAGGCUGCAAGCCCAAAAGCUAAUGGUGGCAGUCAACCAUCCUCAUCUGUCUGUGCUCAGAGUAAAGUUUGUAGCUCUGGUGUUUACCACAAACAGUUAGCAUCUUUAAACUGCUCAGUGCGUGACUGGAUAGUUAAGCAUGUGAACACAAACCCUCUGUGUGAUCUGACACCCAUCUUCAGAGACUAUGAGAAGUAUUUAGCAAAUAUUGAACAGCAGCAUGGAAGCAGUACUGAUACUGGCUCUGAAAGUGAAAGCAACAAGACACCUGGAUCUCAGGCUGUUUCUGCAUUUGGGAAUUCAAAGUUACAGCAAGGAUCAACAUUUUUGUUUAACAGCAAAACUGAGGAUACCUCGGACAAAAAACCUGAAGCUGCACCAGAUAAAAAAGACCCCUCCCUAGGAGCUACAUCAUCUGCCUCAUUUAAUUUUGGCAAGAGUGUUGACAGUUCUGUUUUGGGUUCUCUUGGUUCAGGAACUCUUAGUAGUUUCUCAUUUUCUCCUGGCUUGUUUGGGAAAGAUGCAAAUCAGGCUAAGUCUGUCACUGCAGUGUCCACCAGUGCAUUGGAAGCUCAGACAGAAAGUGGCAAUAACGAUGACAAAGGAGGAGAAGAGGAGGAAGAAGAGCCACCAAAAGUAAUUGUUAAUGAAAUAAAAGAAGAUGAUGCUUUCUACUCAAAGAAGUGCAAAUUGUUCUACAAAAAGGAUAACGAAUAUAAAGAAAAAGGUGUAGGAACAUUACACUUAAAACCAGCAGGAAAUGAAAAAACUCAGCUCCUAGUUCGAGCAGAUACCAAUUUAGGAAACAUACUGCUGAAUGUUCUAAUUCCACCCAAGAUGCCAUGUACAAGAACUGGAAAAAACAAUGUUCUUAUAGUUUGUGUUCCUAAUCCACCAAUUGAUGAGAAGAAUCCAGCUGUUCCUGUCACCAUGUUAAUAAGGGUGAAAACAAGUGAAGAUGCAGAUGAGUUGCACAAAAUCUUGCUGGAGAAAAAGGAGGCUUAAAUAAGUUGCAGUCAAUGAUCUGAGGAAUUAUUGCCAAACUGCUGCUGCUCUUUUUUCUUCUAUAACUACACUUGAACACUUAACUCUUUACUCUAGUAAGAACUGUUAUAGGAAUUCUGGAAAAAUUCUGUGAGGAAAAGCUAAACUAGCUAAUAAAGCUUUACUAGAACACAAGUGUUGGACUGUGCUCCCUCAUUUUGCAACAUCUAAAUGCAGGACCUCUUCUGGACAAAGCACAUGGAUUUAAAGUGUCUGUUUUUAACACCAGUCAAUUUGACCGAAUGGAAGGAAAUCAGAGAACAAAAAGAAUGGUACCAGAGCUUUCUCACAGACUGUGGUACAAUCCAACAACCUCCUGGGUUGUGAAGGGAGGGUGUUAAAGUUUAACUGUUGAAACUGUUUCUGGACACCAGAUUUUUAAGUUUAAUUGGUCUGUCAUAUUCUGGUGGGACUGAUUUUUCAAACUGUCAGUGACAGCACUGUACCCCAACACCAGUGACACUCUGUAUUGUACUGUGUUCCAGUUCUUACAGACUCCCGUGCUUCUGGGACUCAGAGACUGCAUCUCCAGAUUCUUAAAACUUGCUUGUGUAGUGUUAGUAGUGUUAGAGAAGAACUGUCAGUUCUGUUCUUACUGUAGCAACAAGCUAACCAUGUGCAAUAGUACAAGCAGACAACUGGAAGACUGUUUUGUCUUGGACCACAGCCACAGCUGCCACCCCCUGACUUGUGAGGAGUCAGAAGCAAAGUGUUGCACUUCCACUAUGGUCCCUCUGAGGUAUUCUUCCCUAAUCCCUUGGGCUAAAACUGAAACCUAGCUGAGGUAGAGUUGUAAAUGUUGUAGGUGUCUUGCUACUUGUACUUUUCUGAAGAUAGCUCUUUUCACGAAUUUCAGGAUUUUUAUAGAUCUUUGUAUUGCCUCUGGCCAUUACCCAGAAUACAUGAGCAAAUGGGGGUGUGUGUAUGUGUGUGUCAGUAAUUAUUUUUCCUGUGUGCUAAAGCUAUGAUGCUUUACUUGCAUUACAUGAAGUAAAGCAGAAGUUUGCAGCUUUAGGACAAGUUUCUCUGUUGCAAAAGGAGGGAACAGGGAUUAAUCCAUAACUUGGUUUUCAGCUGUGUUUAAAUUACCAUGUUGCAGUAAGUUGUGGAUCAGAACAUCACUCUGUUCUCAGUUUCAAUCUCAUUUUUCUUCAGACCUUGUUUGGUUAUUUAAUCUUUUUCAAAUCUUAUUUGCUGGAAACUUCCCUAAUAAUUAUUUUUCUGCUUCACUUCCAGCUCUGGAAGCUCUCCAAGAGCUAGAUGUUAGUAUUAAACUUGAACUGCUCUCUGUUCUGUCACGCUGACCAGCUCUGGGGACACAGAAGGAACAUGCCAACCUGCCUCUGGCUGUUGUGGCACAGGAAAAAUUCCAUUCCUUAAAGAAAAAAAAAAAGCAGCAUGACACAGUCAUCAUAGGGGAUCUGGAAGUCCACAAUAGUGGCAUCCUAUGGGUGGGAAGAAAGAGGGAGCAGCAUUUGAUGAGAUGCAGCACAUCUCACCUGCCCCCCACAGCUGCCUUUAGUCCUCAAUCACUGCACAAGUCAGGUUAUGGCCUUUUAACCCCUCAACUAAAAAGAGGAAAAAAUUUCUAGGAGUUAUUACCCCUCUUGACCAAAGCUCAAAAACCAAGGCCUUGGAUAACAUUUCAGCUACACUGAGGUCACAGGAACUGCAUUUUUAACACUCGAGUGUAAAGGGAGCUGACAUAUAAUUUCAAACACUAUUUGAAGUAGAAAGUGGUGCCUUUUUGUUUUUUUAAACUGGCUCAGUACUUUAACGUUAAAAGUAAGGGAUGCUACUUUCCUCAAAAUUACAUGCUUUUUGAUUUUAAAGUUGCUGAUACCCAUGGAGGCUGGGAUGUUAAUUAUGUAUGAAUGAAAAGCAGACCAUUGCCUGGAAGUUUAUUAUGGACUCAAGUUUAGUGUCCAAGGGCUCAGUUAAUUUUGCAUUUGUGUUGUGAUUGCAGUGCCUCAAGCUCAUCUCCCUGCAGGAAGGGCUGCAGGCAGGGCAGGCACGCUGAGUGCUGGCAGCAGAUUUGUUACCCACACCCCUUGAAGGGCAAGGCUGUACAGAUUGUACCAGGGCUCUGGGGUUUGUGUUUGUUGACUUCCAAAAGCCCACAGAUAGGUAACUGUUACUUCAUCCAUUGAAAUGCUGACCAACAAAUGAGACAAACUGCAUUCUACCUACCCUUAAUGACUUGCCUCCAGCUUUGGGUUUGCCUGCACCUAUGUGGCUCAGUUCUAAAGCUGUCAAACUGAAUAUUGGCUCUGCUGUGUUAUCAAGGGUGGACACUGAGGGUGAGCAGUGAGUGCAAGGAAAAAAGCAGCAGAAUAAUAAAUUCUGUUGGAAUAAUUAAACC